GUUAGUUCAUAACAAAUGAAGCCAGCGUACUUCCGUUUUUGGUUUUAGAAUAAGCGCCUGAGUAAAUAAACAACACCCAGACAAACUACUUAUUUCUAUGAUUUUCUUUGUAUUAGAUAUUGGGUGUAUAAAUUGUGACAUCGCACACAACCUCGCCUCAAGCGUAUAAGAAAGCAUCACAGUUUCCGUAUCCAUAGCGACAGAGUGUAUUUGAUAAAAACAUUUGCGUCUAGGAUAACAAUAUUUGUAUUCUAUCUGAAGAACUUCGAGCAAAGUCUAUAAUUAGUAAUUCAAAUAUUGGAAAAAGGUUCUUUGUUCUCCUUUAAUGAGUCAACAUAUUGACUUUGGCUGGAUGUUAUUAUAGUAGUUUUACUUUUUACAUCUACUUAUAACGUGAAAGGUAUAUAACACCCACGUUAUUGUUGGAAAUCCUCAAUGUUUCCCGAGUCGCAUUCGGCGACGUGAACUUGUUUUGAACAAUCUUCUUCUUCACUUUUGGUCAUAUUAAAUCGAAUAAAAAAUUGACUAGUAUGGAGGAAGAGUUUGCGACUAUUGUGUACGUGGAAUUAGCUCCAAGUAUUUUAGUGCCUUACGAAUGGCCUAUUCGGGGCCUAGAGAGUCUCGUGUUGACUUUAGCGGAAGAAAUCAUCGCACAGGAUGACUCUGUGAAAUCUAUUCUACAAGUGAAGAACAUACCAGCGAAAUUAAUCCGACACAUUGACAGUAGUGGUUUUACAUACGUUUUUGAAAAAGUGCCGACAGAAGAAACGGUUGGCUGUUAUGUUUAUGACAUAGUAUUGCCUAAGGACGAAGAUAGUAUUCGAGUGGACAUGUCCGGCGGAAGUAGCUCCCAUAAAGGAUCAUGGCCAAAUUACGUUACGAGCGUCUCUCCGAGAUCUAAUAAAACGUCCUAUUACUUAACGCCUCCACAACUUCAUGCGGAAAUGUUACGCAGUAUGGAUACUAACACGCACGCAUUGCGCCGACGCUUGACACGAAACAUUAAACAGAUGACUCAACAAAACAAUGAAUGCAAUGGUUGUGGUGACCAGUGAAACAGUGGCGCUGGUAGAUCCCAACCACGUGAAAUAAUUACACAAAAGUGAGGUGUCCGUUCCAUCCAACUUUUGAGAGCCAUCGUGACAUCUGUUACUUCUAACUCGAUAUUGUCAGUUAAAGACUAAAAUUAUUUUUAACAAAUAGGUUAUGUUAUUUUUCUAGAUCUCUGCCGUAGGUUAUAAGUUAUAAUGUACUAAUGACAUAAAAUGUAAUUAAUAAAAAGUUUUUAUGGGUAUUUUUAUCAUUCGGCUUUCAUUUUGUAGUUUAAAAAUUAGUCGCACAAUCUUUUCAUUAACACAUGUUUACUAUUGCGUGGUUUAAUUACAACUGCUUUGAUUAUUACGUUCAAUAAAAGCUCCCUCAAGUAUUUGGCUCAAUUCCAACAACGCAUUGUGAAUCACGUUAUAACGUUCAAACCCAGAUAUUAAAGAAAAUAUGUCAAGGCAAUCGAAGUCCAUUAACCGACAGUCCAUGGUAAUAAACCAACGCAUAGGAAUUGUUUUGGAAAGCCCUCGAAUCAAGCUAGUGAUGUGGCCACACAUGACAGCGUGUCAAGAUUUCCGAGAAAAAACUGUUUUCUCUACCAGUUGGGACCCAGGCUGAAGUUACUUCCUUACUCGUCAAUAAAUCGGACUUACUCAUAGAUAUCAGUUCCACCAGGUCAGAAAAAUAAAGCCAUCUGUAGGCAAGAAGCUUCUUUUACAUUACAUACAUACUGUCUUCCAA